AUGAAGAAACAAAAUAUUAGAAACCUUUCUUCUAUAAUACUGCUAUUGUUGCAUUCUCUUCUUUGCUCAGCUUCUGCUAUAAAUUCAGCUGAGAACACUUUUAUUCAUUGUCUAGUGAACCAUUCAGAUCCUUCUCACGAUAUAGCUUCAGCAAUUUUCACACCUAGCAGUUCCUCAUUCUCUUCAGUAUUGCAGGCCUACAUCAGAAACCUUCGUUUCAACACCUCAACAACCCGAAAGCCUUCGCUUAUAGUCACUGCAUUCCAUGUUUCCCAUGUACAGGCAUCCAUUAUUUGUGCUCAAAAGCACAACUUGUUGAUGAAAAUCCGUAGUGGAGGCCAUGACUAUGAAGGGGUGUCUUAUGUGGCUACUGAGCCAUUCUUUCUCCUUGACAUGUUCAAUCUUAGAUCCAUUGAAAUUAACAUAGACACUGAAACCGCUUGGGUCCAAGCUGGUGCAACACUUGGUGAAGUUUACUAUAGAAUUGCUGAGAAGAGCAAAACUCAUGGUUUCCCAGCUGGUGUUUGUCCCACUGUUGGUGUAGGAGGCCACAUAAGUGGUGGUGGCUACGGCAAUUUGAUGAGAAAAUAUGGUACUUCAGUGGAUAAUGUUAUUGAUGCACAAAUGGUUGGUGUUGAAGGUAGAUUACUUAAUAGAAGAUCUAUGGGCGAAGAUCUCUUUUGGGCCAUUAGAGGUGGUGGUGGAGGAAACUUUGGGGUGGUCAUUGCCUACAAAAUAAAGCUAGUUCGAGUUCCUGAGACAGUGACUGUUUUCCGAGUUCCAAAAACCUUGGAGCAAAAUGCCACAGAAAUAGUUUACAAUUGGCAGCAUAUUGCACCUACAAUUAGCAAUGACCUUUUCAUUAGGCUCAUAUUGGACGUUGUAAAUGGUACACAAAAUGGAGAAAAUACUGUGAGGGCUACCUUCAUAGCUCUCUUCCUUGGUGACUCCAAAAGUCUUGUUUCUCUCAUGGAGGAGAGGUUUCCUCAAUUGGGUUUGAAGCAAUCUGAUUGCAUUGAAACAAGUUGGCUUCGAUCUGUGUUGUUUUGGGACAACAAUGACAUUGCAACCCCGGUUGAGAUUUUACUUGAGAGACAACCUAAGUCUCUCAAAUACUUGAAGAGAAAAUCUGACUAUGUAAAGAAACCAAUUUCCAAGGAGGGUUGGGAAGGGAUUUGGAAGAAGAUGAUUGAAUUGGAGAAAACAAUGAUGUAUUUCAAUCCUUAUGGUGGAAGAAUGGAUGAGAUUCCAUCAACAGCAACUCCUUUUCCUCAUAGAGCAGGGAACCUAUGGAAGAUCCAAUACCAAGCAAAUUGGUAUGAGGCAGGGGAAGAGGUAGCAGAACACCACAUGGACUUGGUAAGAGAACUUCACAAGUACAUGACAUCUUUUGUCUCCAAGAACCCAAGACAAGCUUUCUUGUGUUACAAGGACUUGGAUUUGGGCAUCAACCGCCACGGUUUUCACAGUAAUUAUGAAGGGAGUGCUUAUGGUGUGGAAUAUUUCAUGGAUAACUUGAACAGGUUGGUUCAAAUAAAGACCAAGGUUGAUCCUGCCAAUUUCUUUAGGACAGAACAAAGCAUCCCCAUCCUCAGCCUUGAGGAAAGAGUUAGGAUGAUCACUGAAAAAUCCUUCUUUUCUAUUUUACUUGGGUUGUGCGCAUUAAAUUGGAUUCGCUACCUCAAAUAA